AGGUGGGAGCCGGUCGGUGUCACAAACAGGAAAAGUUCCCGGAAAUUAAGCCUUGUGGUGUGGGGAGGGGAGACAAGAGCAGGCUUGGGACCGACAGGGGCCCCACCCGCGUGCCUGAGCCAGCGCCAGCUCUCCCCACCCGCUGCGUCGGCCCGAUGGGGUGGUGACCCUCCGCUCCCCGCCCCGGCGCCAUGUGGCCCAAUGGCACCUCUCUGGGGCCCUGUUUCCGGCCCACCAACAUCACCCUGGAGGAGCGGCGCCUGAUCGCCUCUCCCUGGUUCGCGGCCUCCUUCUGCGUGGUGGGCCUGGCGUCCAACCUGCUGGCCCUGAGCGUGCUGGCGGGGGCGCGGCAGGGCAGCUCGCAGGCGCGCUCGUCCUUCCUCACCUUCCUCUGCGGCCUGGUGCUCACCGACUUCCUGGGGCUGCUGGUCACCGGCGCCAUCGUCGUGUCCCAGCACGCGGUCCUGUUCGACUGGCGCGCCGCGGACCCCAGCUGCCGCCUCUGCCAGUUCAUGGGCGUCAUCAUGGUCUUUUUCGGCCUCUGCCCGCUGCUGCUGGGGGCCGCCAUGGCCUCGGAGCGCUACCUGGGCAUCACCCGGCCCUUCUCGCGGCCCGCGGGGGCCUCGCAGCGCCGGGCCUGGGCCACGGUGGGGCUGGUGUGGGCGUCGGCGCUGGCGCUGGGCCUGCUGCCCGUGCUGGGCGUCGGCCGCUACACGGUGCAGUACCCGGGCUCCUGGUGCUUCCUCACGCUCGGCGCCCAGCCCGGGGACGUGGCCUUCGGGCUGCUCUUCACCCUCCUUGGCAGCUUCUCGGUGGGGCUGUCCUUCCUGCUCAACACGAUCAGCGUGGCCACCCUGUGCCACGUCUACCACGGGCGGGAGGCCACCCAGCAGCGCCCGCGGGACUGCGAGGUGGAGAUGAUGGCUCAGCUGAUGGGCAUCAUGGUGGUGGCCAGUAUCUGCUGGAUGCCGCUGCUGGUCUUCAUCGCCCAGACGGUGCUGCGCAGCCCGCCCGCCAUGAGCCCCAGCGGGCAGCUGUCGCGAGCCACUGAAAAGCAGCUGCUCAUUUACCUGCGCGUGGCCACCUGGAACCAGAUCCUCGACCCCUGGGUGUACAUCCUCUUCCGCCGGGCCGUGAUCCGCCGCCUCCACCCUCGCCUCAGCGCCCGGCCCAGGUCGCUGUCCCUGCGGCCGCAGCUCACCCAGAGACGCCCGGUGCCCUAGAGCCGGUCGGCUGCGGGGGGGGGGGUCCCCCAGCUGGCGCGUCCCUCCCGAGGACACAGCUGCCUGUUCUGGGGUUCCGGCAGCCCGGAGUCUCGGAAGGACCAAGCCUUGGAGUGGCAGCAUUGUGGGCUGUUCUCCCGCAGCCUUGGAGACCCCCUAACGCUCCCCGGAUGCCCCUUUCCCGUCCCCCUCCGGCCCCAGGAAGGGUGAUGUCAGGUCAGGGGGUGUCCGAGGAAAGGACACUUACAAGCCUCCCCUUCCAGCAAUCCUCUGCGAAUGGGGGACUCCGACCCCUGACUAUGACCUGCUUUCUGGGGUACGGUCAAUGCCCUUGGACACCCCAACCCACGAAGGCUCUGCUUAGGAAAUACUGAGUGUGCACGGGUGAGACUCCUCCCUUGCCAAAAUAUAUCACGGCCCCCUCGGCCGAAAUUUCCCUCGGA